AUGGAACUAUUUGACCCCAAACUUAGAAACCCCUUUUUUUCUAAAAAUAAAUUAAAUUUUUUUCCCCAGAAGAAACAAGAAAUAUUGGUAAAGAAGAAAGGUUUAUUAGACAACAAAGCUGCAACUUCAGAUGAAAUUAACCUCAAGUUUUUCCAAACUCGUGAUUCACUUCGUGUUGGUGUUGUAUUAGUUGUUGUUUUUAAAAUUGUUGACCCAGAAUUUGCCAUUACUAAAUUAGGAAAAGAAGGUAUUAUCAAUCAUAUUGAAAAUGUUUCAUUUGCAGAUAUUGUCCAAAAGAAUCAAGCCGUCAUUGUCGAAUCACAAGCUAAACCUCAAUUUUCCCAAAAAAAAGUUGAAGCUUUACUCAUUGCGACAGAUGCUCAAAGAAAAUCUCAGGAAAUGCAAGGUGAAAUAUUCACUAAAUAUCCAAUUCUUGCUGAAAUUGAAUUAGCUAAAACCAAAGCCCAAGUUCUCAAAGGUGCCACCCUUUAUAUCACCCCCAAGAUGCAGGAAAUUUUAUGA